AUGGCGGAAUUUUUCUUGAAGCGAAUGUUCUUUGCGAGGUUGCGAGCCACACGCACGGCCGCUGGAGCCCAGCCGGUCCCACGAUAUCAGCCAGAGACGGAGCACGAGGCGUCCCACGAAAAUGAGACGGAAGACGCGACCACACCCGAGAACGAAGGUCCUGAAGACAAGGUUGACGACGGUGCUGAGCCUUUGCCAGCAGCGGAAGAUGCUGAAGACGACGCGGAGACGCUACGAAAUCCCUCCGGAGACCGCGACGUCCGCGCAACAUGGACUGCUAUCAUCAACAACCUCUGGAGACGCGCCGCCGACAACGCUACCAUUCUGGCCGCGCAAGCUAGAGACGCUGUACUCGACGCUGUCGAGAAGGUGAAGGAGCUUGGAUUUAUUGGCACAGCAAAGGCAAUCCGCGAUUGGAUGAGAAUGAAUCCGUGGAAGACGGCGUUAAUUGUGGUGCCUCUCGUUGCGCUCGCAUGCACAGCGAUAGCGCUCUCGGCCACGGGCUUUGGGCCAGCUGGAAUCGUCGCAGGCAGUGCAGCUGCGGCCAUGCAUGCGGGCAUUGGCAGCGCUGUCGCGGGGUCGGUUUUCGCAACGUGCACCAGUGCGAUGAUGGGCGGGUACGGCGCAGCAAUCAUAUUCGGGGGUGUCUGGGCGAUAUCGACUGCGUUGGUAGUCUUGGUCGCGGUCAUGCGAAAGCGUUGGAAGAGUCACCAUGAACGCGCUCUGGUACCCCGAAAUUCGGCUACUUCAAAGUCUGCAUCCGAGCUCGCGAAGCAAGCUGUAUCUCAUGCCGUCUUUUGGAGCAUGGUCGCCGCAGCCUACGCGGUAUACAGGUACAAGAGCUGGUACCGAGGACGCGGAGAGGGAACCCAAGAGGAGGAUGAGGGACUUGAGACAGAUUGA